AUGGGGAGCCCCGCGGAGCCGCUGAGCGCGCUGGGCCGCUGGUACCUGUACGCGCUGCACGGCUACCUGGCAGAGAUGCUGUUCACAGCCGUCUGGGAUUUCGCGCUGGACCGGGACUGGCGCCUCCGCGGGGGGAGCAGCCUGUGGGCGCCCCUCAUCUAUGGCACCUGCGGGCUGGCCCUGGAGCACCUCUACCUGCGCCUGCGGGACCACCACCGCCUGCCCACCCGCGCCGCCUUCUACACCGCCGUCAUCUACCUGUGGGAGUUCAUCACGGGCUACCUGCUGCGCCGGGCGGGGGCCUGUCCCUGGGACUACGGCCACUUCCGCUACAACCUGCUGGGGCUGGUCACGCUGGAGUACGGGGGCUUCUGGUACCUGGGCUCCAUCCUGCUGGAGACCCUUGUCAUCCGCAACGUGCUCCGGCUCCGAGUGGAGGGCAUGGGGAAGUCCCGCUGGGCCCGACCUGCCUUUGCGCGGCAAGAGGACUGA